ACUUUAUAUAUCAUUUGUAGAGGCACACGAGAGGGCAUGGUAGUAGCGUGGAGGGGGUCUAGAGUGCGUAUUCGGUAAAUGUAGCGACUCAACGUGACCGACAUAGUAUUUAAAAUGUUUAUUCCCGGACUUACGCCCGUAAGAUGAACCCAUUCUGACAUUGAAAAUAUUUGAAUGUGCUUACAUUAAAGGUUGCAGAUGUAUGAUUUCAUGAUGGUACAUAUAUUUCUUGCAAUGGAAACUAAGUGUACAAUGCUGUCUGCUUUAACAGUGUACAUUAUCUUGUCUGUAAUUACCUAUAGUCAAGCCUGUGACAAUGGCUGGUUUGGCAAAAAAUGCGAGUUCAAAUGUCGUUGCUAUGCUAACAGAUGUGACAGGACAGGAAAAUGUCUUGAGGGAAACAGCUGUCAGCCAGGUUGGUUUGGACCAUUCUGUCAGUAUGAGGACCUAGUUACCAAAGGACAGUUAAAGCUAAUACAGGAAUCAGAAUCUGUUCGAGACUUACUGCUGGACGGCGACGACAACACAUGUCACAAUGAAUUAAGAUCCUUAAAUAUUCUAUGGACCUCUGAGUACGUCUUUACCUGGAUGAGGAUAAUUACUGACAAACCAGCUGCAGAGAUAAUAAACAAGUUUACCUUAAGGUUUCAAAGUGCGUUGACUUCUAAAAAUAAUAAAGUCUUUUCUUGCCCUAAGGAGAAACGUGUUGUGGUCGGACCGAAAACGAUGGACAUAUUUUGUGAUAUUAAUAUAGCUAUAGGAGGAAUAACCUUGGCAGGGGAAGGAAUUCAAACUCUUUGCUCAGUUUACGUAAGUGGAGGUCGUAACCUGGCUUUGAAGCAAUACACAAUCCAGUCCAGCACAUUAAAUCCUGUGAAAUCUAAAUCGUCCAAUGCGGUAGACGGAAACAUAGACAAUGAGUAUGAUCACAACAGCUGCACUCAUACCAAUAACACAGAGAAAGCCACUUUGCCUUUUUGGCGUGUCCACUUUAAGGCUGCUAUCCUUGCCAAUAGAUUCGUAUUAUAUAACAGAAAUAUCCACAAAGAGCGUCUCAUGGGCUUUCAGAUUAGAACUUCUUACAACAAAAAUCUACGAAACUAUAAGGACAAGUCAUUGAUGCCACUAGAUAAAUAUACAGUACUGGAACCACGGCAAGCCAGUCCAAUCAGAAUACUAGAGGUGAAAGCUACAACUGAUUCCGAUGGUACCUACCUGUCUCUUUGUGAGGUGGAGGUCUAUGGAGAGCGAGUGUGUCCAAGUAAAAGAUUUGGUCUGGACUGUGACUUAAAAUGUCAUUGUCCAUCUAUGUGUUUUGCAAACAAUGGAGUCUGUACUUCUGGUUGUCCCGUAGGAUACCAAGGUGAAGGCUGUUUAGAAGCUUGCGACGAUUACACAUGGGGUAAAGAUUGUUUACAUCACUGCAGUACUCAGUGUAAUAGAGGUAUCUGUGACAAAGUGACGGGGCACUGUCUACAUGGAUGUCAAAGUGGCUAUCGCUUACCCUUAUGCACACAAGAAUGUGAUAAUGGGUGGUGGGGAGAAAACUGCUCUAGAUCCUGUCAUGUCAACUGCCAAAAUUUGUCAUGUCACAUUCAGACUGGACACUGCCUUGAUGGGUGUGUUGCGGGUUUUAAACCACCAAUGUGUCAUGAAGUGUGUGAUGUAGGCACUUGGGGCAAAGACUGUACUAAUCUGUGUGAUGCGAGUUGUUUGAAUCAGACUUGUCAUAGUCAAACAGGGCAGUGUAAAACUGGAUGUAAAGCAGGAUUCAAACCACCCACUUGUAAUGAGCCCUGUGAUCCAGGUACUUGGGGAGAAAGUUGUAUACAUUCUUGCAGCCCAAACUGUAAAGGCUUGUCAUGUGAUGGUUUGACAGGUCAUUGUAAUCUAGGCUGUCAGAAAGGAUAUAAGCUGCCAUUUUGUAUAGAAGAAUGUGACAAAGGAUUUUGGGGAGAAAAUUGUUCAUUUCGAUGUAAUCCUAAUUGUAAGGAGAACUCUUGCGACAUAGAGACUGGAGAGUGUAACAAAGGAUGCAAGCGAGGCUUUUUAGCUCCUCAGUGUACAAAAGCUUGUGAACAUGGAACAUGGGGAGACCACUGCAUGUGGACAUGUCCUUCUUGCUACAAUAGUUCAUGUGAUAGUGAAACUGGCCAGUGUCUGCAAGGAUGUAUAUCUGGAUUUAAAACUGUCUUUUGUACACAAGAAUGUGAUGCUGGUUGGUGGGGUCCUAACUGUGCACAAAAAUGUAACUCACGUUGUAGAGAGAAACUGUGUAGCAGCCAAACUGGGGAAUGUAAGCUAGGAUGUCAGAAGGGCUACUUGCCUCCCCAUUGUUCUAAAGCCUGUGAACCUGGGCGGUGGGGUGGAAACUGUUUACAGUUAUGCAAAUCAACAUGUAAGAACUGGUCCUGCAACAAAGAGACAGGUGAAUGUGAUUUGGGAUGUGUCCCAGGUUACAAAAUGCCAGAUUGUACUCAUGUUUGUGACAACGGGACAUGGGGAGAUAACUGUUCAUCCCAGUGUGCAUCCAAGUGUAUAGGACGAUUAUGUGACAAGACAACUGGUCUUUGUAAUCAAGAAUGUAUUACUUUGAGAGGAAGAAAGCCAGUAUGUACAAAAGCCUGUGACAUUGGGAAAUGGGGUUCAAAUUGCACCAAGUCAUGUAGCAGUAACUGUAAGGAUAAACUUUGUAGUAGCAGAACUGGAAAAUGCUUAUUGGGCUGCCAGCCAGGAUUUAAACCUCCUUACUGCAGAGAAGAAUGUGAUCCAGGAACAUGGGGCCAAGAAUGUGCGAAAUUCUGUAAUAUUAAUUGUAAGCACUUCUCUUGUAACCGACUGACUGGCCAUUGUACUAAAGGUUGUAAUACUGGUUUUAACAAACCAUAUUGUUCUGACGAAGACAAACAGAUCUAGAUUCAACUAGUGAUAUGCGUACAUGUAGAUUUAUUAAUUAAUUACACAAUAUUAUUACUUCUUUAUUCUGUCUAGUGAAACUAAUCUCAUGUAAAUGAUCGUCUUGGAUUAACUUGACAUGUUUCAACCUUGACCACCAUCUUGCUGGCUCGAUCACAUGUUGUAAUUUAGUCAAUACUACACCCAUACUUUCUGACUUAAGUUUAACGUUUUUUCCCCAUUGUAAUAAUAGAAAAAGUUUUUGCCCUUUCAUUGUAUUGAAUUUAAUAAAAACAUGAGACUUUUACAUUUAUUAAAGUAUCUUUUUUUGAAAGAUGUUAA